AUGGUGGGUAAGAAGGUGACGGAGAUGGAUGCUCAGGAACUACCUCUCGAUGCUGCAAAGGAAACUGAAUUAACAAGAGAUUCAACAAAUAUGCAGGUUCAAAAACUUGAGAAGUGGGCGAAGGAAUUCAAAUCAUCCCAACAGAAAAAAAUGAGAGAAUUGGAGGUAGCAGGUGAUAAAUUGAGAUUGAUUAAAGAAGAGCUUAGCCUGGAUGUAAACUUUCGAGAGGAGAAAUUCGAUAAGCAAGAGAUUGGUGCAAAGGAGAUAGAGUGUAUUUCCAUCAAGGAUUGUGUUCAGGAGGAAGUGGAGGGACUGGAACCGAAAGCAAAAGAAUUUAAGGAACCCGAAAAGGGAAUUAAAUUAGAGGAAUAUGCUGAAAAAAGGGCCGAUGAGGUCUUUAAAGUUCUUCUCCGCUCAUCUGAUCCAGCAAAGUUAAUUUUGGAGGCCGUAGUAUUGUUUUGCGCACCGCCCUACGUGAAGGAUGGAGAUAUAAAGAUCGACAUACAGGAAAGGGGCAUUGUUCUGUUGGACCAGUUGACCAAAAUGUCCCCAGAUAUUCUGCGAUGUGGUAGAGAAGCAGCAAUUCUAGUUGCUAAUGCAUGGACGUCGAAAAUGAGAACAAGUGCUGAAAACCCAUUGAAUGUAUUGGGCUUUUUGCAUUUCUUGGCUGCAUACAAAAUAUCCUCCUGUUUUGACAAAGACGAGAUUUUCGGUUUUCUAAAAUCGGUGGCCGAACAUAAUCAGACACCCGGUCUCUUCCGCGCCCUUGGUCUCACAGAGAAUAUUCCUGGUUUUAUCCAGACUCUUAUAAACGAGAAGCAUUAUCUACUAGUCAGCACUUACAUCUACGAAUGUCAACUUGAGACCAUGUUCCCACAGACGGCGUCGUUUGAUCCGUAUGGAUUCGUGGUGGGUUAUUUUAAAGAGAUCGGCUGGCCUGAUCUUGGGCCUGGAUCC